AUGACUCUUCUGCGCACAACAUUGGAUUUCGCUCACCUAUUUACCAUUGAAUGGAUCUUUUGGGUUAUUCGGGAGGUUCUCGCUGUCGAAGGCGGCAGUGGACGGGCAACCAAUGUUAAGACAGAUAUACCCGUAGCUGACUCUGAUCAGUUGCAUCCAACAGAGACCACGCCCGAUGAUACACAGACCAUCGUCACACCAUGGGUCGCCCGAGAGCAACAGGAGGAACAUCGUUGGGCUCACCUACGCGCCGACACGUCCUUGCUACUGUUGUCACAAGAGCAGCGCUCAAUCAAUGCUGCUGAGAUAUACCAAGAAGCAGAUGCCCUCGCUCGCAUAGCGAAUCUAUUGCGCCAGCGCGCUGACUACGUCGCUCAGCCGGCCGUCUUGCGCCUUCCUCCCGAAGUAUUCCUCAUCAUUGCUUCAUUCGUCGCGGAUGCAGAGCCACCAUCAGCGGCCCGCUUCACCCAGCGCCGCCACUCGCUCUUCGCCGUGGAUAACGACUACAUACACACUGGAGAGACAUUCAAUGCUCUUGACGACGAUGGUUCCCUGCGUCCUGCAACCAUCGGCUGGGUGAAACUGGCUCACGUCUGUCGCAACUGGAGAUAUUUGUGCUCGAAUGCCCCCGAACUAUGGGCUCGUGGUAUCGGCUGUUUACCAAGCAUGCUCUUGGAAGCCAUGCAACGCGCGGGAGACCACGUCCCCUACGACAUCUGUGUGCGGACCACACUCUCAGAGCUCGAAGUGGACACUCUGUCCGCUAUGCUCACCAGCCGCGGCCGUUCGCUAGACUGGGUGCUGAAAGACCCCACGCAAAGCGGUGUCGCAAGCGGUCUUCUAUCCGGACGCGACCUGCCAGCUUUGACAUAUCUCAGGGUCAAGACUCCCUAUCGAACCUCCUUUGACGUGGUCCCAGUAUACGCGCCAUUCACGGCGCCACGGCUCGCUGAGAUCGACAUGGCGUUCAUCCUCGUGCCCUUCAUUGCUCCCGCCUUAACCUCUCUCCAACUAUACUACGUGCAGAUGCCCCCCAGUAUGCUCCUGGACGUGUUCCGAAGGUCUCCCUUGCUGAGGAUCAUCGAUGUGUCCAUGUCGUGGGGUACACAUUGGAAAGAUGCCGAUUUCCCUGACAUCAGCGAAAAAAGUUCUCUACCGCACCUCGAAACUCUGCAGUUGUCGGCUAGGAAUAUACCGGGAACGCUGAUUGCUCGUCUCCUGCGCUCGUUGACCACGACGUCGAAAGUCGAAGUCGAACUUGCAUGUGCCUGUGAAGACACCGACGACAUCUCAGAGCUUUGGGAGACCGUUCGAAAGACCUUCUGGCAAGAGGCGCAACCAUGGCACCUCAUCAUGAACCCAGCGUCCGUGAAACUGCGUAUGGCCGAACAUAUUCAGUGUUCGCGCACCGCAGCCUGCGGCGGGCGCCUGCAGCGCGGACAUCUGGACUUCGGCUGGCAACGACGUCUUCCCACCGAAACGCUCCUGCGCCAAGCCUUCACGAAGCCCAGUCUCAGUCCAAUGUUCAAAGACCUCCUCUCCGUGGACGUAUGGGUGUUAUCGCUGCCAUCAGAGGAGUGGCGUGCGAUUCUGACCCAACUCUCGUCGGUACGCUCAGUAAGCGUGGAUGCAGGGCGUGAGGACGACAUAGACUGCACCGCCUUCUUUCAAGCUCUCGCACCCGACGCGGCCGGCUCCGAGCCCUUACCGCGGUUAACACGGCUGACCAUCUCAACUUGGUGCAAGACCACUCUCGCAGAUGUCGUGUCAAUCAUCAAACGUCGCUCGACAUACGCCGAACGCUUCGGGCCUACUUCCGUAAUGCAGAAGUUUUUGGAGUUGCGGCUUGGUGUUCUCGACCUCAGGUGGAAGGCGAGCCCCACUCUGACCGCUCAGGAGGUGCAGGACGCGAUAACUUAUAUCAAUGCUGUGGUAUGGCACGACGGUUGGAUAGGCGGUCCUCAAAGCACAUCAUUGAGAGCAGACAAUGAUGAUCUGCGACGCGGCAAGAGGUUCGUGUAUAACAGCGCGGACGGAUCGCGGGUUGCGGCCUUCUGCCAAGCUUGCUUUGGUCGAGCUUGCCAGUGUGGCAUAUGCCAGAUGCUCUCCGUGGACGGCGGUACAGCUGCAUGA